AUGCAACUUGGCCAUUGCUAUCGUGAACUAAGAUUAAACGAAGAAGCAGUGAAAAAUUAUGAUUUGGCAUUAGAACAAAAUAUUCGUUUACCAUUAGAUGAAUACAUCGAAACAUUAAUUGGUAUUGGUAUGGCAUGGGAAGCCAUGAAAAAUUUUGAACAAGCUUUAUACAGAUAUAUCGAAGUGGCGGAAAUUUAUCAGAAAGAUUCGAUCAUUGAUGAUCCAGGAAGGGUUCAGUUUAUUGAAGAAUGUAUUAGACGCGUUACAUAG